ACUGCCGGUUAUUUCGAAAAUUUGGGGAAUAUACCGAUACUACUGUAUUACAACAGCGAUAUGUGUAUUUUCAUUACGUACUUUAAUUUUAUUAUUAAUUUUUAAUUACGCGUAAAUUGCUAUAAUUGGCUGGAUACGUUAUCCGUAAUGAAUGCGCCGAGCUUCUCCCUGACUGGAAUGUGAUAACGCUGCGAAAUGCCUGCGUGCAUCCGGCGGAAGUGAGCCCGUACGACAACCGUUGUACUCUGCAUAUAUGUCAUGUACACCGCAUCGAAUAUGGGUGUAACCGGCUUUUUAUUCCGCUUUUUAUCGCUGUUCCUCGGCAUUGCUGUUCCCUGGAACGGUGUAUGCCGCGGCCAGCUGUAUCCUCCCUGGUUCGCCUAUUACCCGCCGAACUACUCGGCCUGGCUGCCGGCGGGUUCGGCGCUGGGCUGGGGCGCCGGCGCCGGCCAGGGCAUCGCAGGUGCUUAUUACGAUGAUCUCAACGUCCCGCCGAUCUCCACGCUGUCCGCCACCGCGGCGGCCGCCAAUCAGGGACGCGCUUUGAGCGGCGCCCCGCCCCCUGCGAAUAACCUCCAAUCCGUCACACAAUCUGCUGCAUUCACGAAAAUCAACGAUAUUACGGCGAAAAGUACGGCCAGCGUUAGCAGUAGCGAUACGCAGCUGACGGCGGUCAACGAGAACUUCCAGAGCUCGUCCAGUGCCGCCUCCGUACCUGGCGCCUGCAGUGGCAGCCGGUCCGCCCGCACCGAGAAGGAACGCCAGAUCUACAUGUUUUCCUGUGCGCAGCUGCCGGAAGGUCUGCGCGAUUAUGUCGGCUGUCCACUGGAACUGCCCUUCGAUCUCUCUUUUAACCGCGUGAUCGGAUACGCGCCCAUUAAGGACGUCUUCGUCAACGCGGAUUUACAGCAAUCGGGCCAGCUGGUGGAGGGCGACAUGCGCACGCCCUCCACCAAGGAUCUCCUCGGGAUACGCCACGUCAGUAAAUGCAAUUAA